AUGGGCAAGAAAGCGAGUAGGAUCCUCUAUACUUGUCAGCAAAAUCAAACAGCUGCAAUGAACAUGAAGAAUCAGGCGAAAAAGGUGGUGUGUAUUCCUGCACCAGCAGCUGCAAACAGCAGACAAACUGGAGAGAUUGUUCCUUCAGAUUUGUGGGCUUGGAGGAAAUACGGUCAGAAACCUAUCAAAGGUUCACCUUAUCCAAGGGGGUAUUAUAGAUGCAGCAGCUCAAAGGGUUGUUCAGCAAGAAAACAAGUAGAGAGGAGCAGAACAGACCCAAACAUGCUUGUUAUUACUUACACUUCAGAGCACAAUCAUCCAUGGCCUACUCAGAGAUAA